AACCGCUUUGAGCGCAGCGCUCGGUGGAGACGUUCGUCCGGAAUCCGAGCUUUCCAACAAAGGAAUUACUUCAGAACGUCUCACAUGGGAACUCUAGGAAGAAAAUGACUUGUGUGCGUUCCAGAAUGUUAGUGCACCCAGUUUUUGAGUUACUCUUGUUCUUAUGCACAACUGGUUUGUCUCGUGCCCUCCGCGUGCACGAUAAAAAUGAAUCUCCUGUCGCAAGGCACCCGCGUGCUGUUUUGGAUAACCAGCUGGAGUUAUUCAGUGCCACAACCAUUCCAAACCACUUACCAGAGGAGCCCGGGGACUCCAGGUUACUUUUCACCCCUGCUCCAAUUAUCACAACAGCGGACAGUAGGACUACUAGUAAAACCAGCCAACUGCUGUCUUCUUUGGUGACAACUACAGUCGCUCCCUUACCCAAAACAAUGGAUCCAGCAGUUAAGCUUAGGGACGCAGGCGUAACUACAACACUCGCCACCGGAAUACACAAUUUAACAAACACCUCUUUAACAUCACCGCCGAGUUACUCGAAAAACUCAACCACACUGGCUACCGCGGAUUCUGUCAACAAUUCUUGGACGGUGAUAGGCUUCCCCUCGCCUAACCUCACCACCGAGAAAGCGCCUCGAUGCAACUGCAGCGUGGAAGGCACGGUGGACCCGAACAGCUGCGACCCUCUCACCGGCCACUGCACCUGCCUGCCAGGCUACGCGGGCCCCCAGUGCCGGGACUGUGAGGAUGGCUACUUCACCAAUGGCACCAGCGGCUGCGUGCCAUGCACCUGCGACUCGUAUGGCUCCGUGGGUCCGUCCUGCAACAGCUCGGGGGUGUGUGCGUGUAAAGUGGGAGUGUUUGGAGACAGGUGUGAUGACUGCCAUCCAGGCUUCUACCACUUCAGCAGCGCAGGGUGUCAGCUAUGCCAGUGCAACAAUCACACCAGCCACUGCGACACACAGUCAGGCAUAUGUUUGAACUGCCAGGGCAAUACCAGAGGUCCCAGCUGCGAGCAGUGCAAAUACAACUUCUACCGGGAGCCGGGCUCUGGUCCCACCGACACCUGCCUGCCCUGCCCUUGCUCCAGUGUCACUUCCUCGGGAAGUUGCACGCUCGACUCGUCCGGCCAGCCGGUGUGCGACCAGUGCCAGCCAGAGUACCAGGGCGCCAACUGCGAGCAGUGCCGCGAUGGCUUCUACAACGCCGACAGCAUCUGCGUGCCGUGCGACUGCAGCGGCAACGCAGCUCCGGCCUCCGCACCCCGCAUCUGUCGCCCAGACACGGGCCUCUGCCUGAGCUGCAGCAACAGCACGACAGGGGCGCGCUGCGAACGCUGUGCGCCGGGCUUCCACGGGGACGCCCUCGCUCACAACUGCACUCCCACAGUCCUCCCCACUCCUGAGCACUCCUCCACCAUGACUCCCAGCCCCAACGUCACGGAGCAGCUCUCCACCUCGCCUGCCACGCUCCUCUCCAGCCUGGCCACGACCAACUGCACGACCAGUCCGGGCCCCAUGUCCACCAGCGUCACCUGGAGCCAGUUCAACGUCAUCGUGCUGGCCGCGAUCAUCGUGGUGCUGCUGGCGCUCACGGGCUUGGCGGCGGGCACCUACGCCUACCGCGAGUACCAGAACCGCAAGCUCAGCGCGCCCUUCUGGACCAUCGAGCUGAAGGAGGAUAAUAUCAGCUUCAGCAGCUACCAUGACAGCCUCCCCAACGCAGACGUCUCGGGCCUGCUCGAGGACGAGGCCAACGACGUGGCCCCCAGUGGCCAGCUGACCCUCAGCAGCUCGGGGAACUUGUACAAGGCGUGACAGGGGGAGCAGCUGUGGGGGGGGACCGAUGCUUUUGGAUUUCCAGGAAAAGUACACACAAACAGACACACGCACGCACGCCUAAAGAUAAAAACAAAUUCACAGAGAUGAGAAGCACCCGUGUAUAUGUGUCCAGACAGCUGGGUGAACUCCACACUGUGGCCAGGCUCGAGUAUCCAGGGCCUGCUGACUUGUGGAACAGAAGAGGCAUGUCUGCAUUACCAGAUUCACUAAUUUCAAUAAUGUCACAACAAAGGCAUUCCCGCAUAUGCACGUCAAAGAGUAACAUGACUCGGACUCACGGCAGCCUAAACAUUUACAAGAGAUGCUCAGACUUGGAUGGAUUUGCAUUAUGUGUCUUUGCUAAGUGGGGCUUGGCACCCAUCCAUGGACUUCCGAUGGAUUCUCAGCAAAGACGGAAAGAAAAACAAAUGUAUGGAAUUAUACGAACAGCUGUUCUCAGCCUAACCCAACAGAUUUGGAGUCCCCACCCCUAACCUUACUUACUUGAGAGCAUGUGAGCCUACAUGCCGGCCUGUAGGGGGCAGUGUUUGAACAGCAACUGAAAACUCACUGCUGCACAUAAGAGAUGCAUUGCACAAAGUCCUUAAGGGAGCCCAAAAAGGAGAAGACUUUCUCUUUGGCACAGCUGAGCAUCACAUGCCAACGCUGCAUAGAUUUUAAGAGUACAAAAUUUUAUUUAAUUUAUUUUCAGGUUCGCUUCAGUGAAAUGUGGAGGCUGGCCAGCAGGUGGGUUGAGGCUGAGCUCCCCACGUGCUGUUUGCACCUCUCCUUGGCCAUCGCAGCACUUUUUCGCAACCUGCGUCCACAUCUGGAGACGGGCUCUGAGCAGAGCAAGGGGGAAAGACGUCCAGGGGGACUUCCGACCCAGACCUGGUUGUGCCUGGCCAGGGCUACACUCUCUGCCACCUGGGGAGCUAGGGAAUGUGCGAGGAGCGAGCGAUGCGGUGUGCAGGUGAAGGAAAACGAGGGAGCAUGGUUGGCAGGGUGAACAUAACCGAGGACGCGAGCACAAAGGGAAGGACUACAACAGCAGAGCUACCGAGCGGAUAAGUGACUGACGAGAGAUGGCAGAGUCAGUCCGGUUUGCCAAGUAAUGGAAGCAGCAUGUGUCCGACAGCCUGGCCUGAAUGCUCUGCAGAUACCUCCGUCAUUUUUCCCUACUAGCUCUCCAAUCACAGCCGGUCAUCCCCCCGCCCCACCCCCACCCCUGCGCAUGUGAUGCAGUGUUCAUACUUGUAAAUUAUGGAUGUACAGAGAAACAGUUGUAAAGAGAGAAGCUGCUAUUGUAUAGGUACCAGAGGGAGAUGCCAACAUGGUCUCUCUCUCUCUCUCUCUCUCUCUCACUUUCUUUCACACACACACACACACACACACACACACACACACGCACACACAGUUAUCUUUCAGUGACCAAAAAAGGCAUUGUGGAGUUUGUAUGGUCUUAUGUCUUGUCUUAAAUUACAGUUUGGGGUCCUUACUCCCAACAACGUGACUAACUCUGUGAUUGAUGUCAAUAAAAAUCCAUUUUGACCUAA